GAGGAGUAGACAUUGCGGAUCAGUUAAGAAGUUAUUAUUCAACUCAGUUAACUGUUUUUAGAGCAUGGGUACCUUUAUUCUUCUGGUUACUAGAUACUGCCAUCAUAAAUUCUUAUUUAAUUUGCAAAAAAUUAAAUAUAGCAGAAGAGCAUAAAGUAUUUAGACUUGUAUUAAUAUGUGAUUUAAUUCAAGACUCUUUAAAUUCUCUAAAAAGAACAACCCAAAGUGAAAACAAAAAUGAACAAAUAAUUAAAAAAGAUAAUAACAAAAAAUUUCAGGUUACUUCAAAAUUUGAAUUGCCAUUAUGUAGAUUAGUUGGCAAUAAUCAUUACCCUAUAUACAGAGAAAAUGAUAGAGGUGCAUGUUUUGUGGUAUAG